AUGGCAAAGAAUGAGGAUGCUUCCGUUGAAAAGAUUUUGUCUUCUGCUGGUGUGAAUACGAAGAAAUUCUAUGAACAAACUAAUUCAUUUUUGGGUGUUUUAGCAAAUGAUUUGGGAGAAACAUUGACUGGUUUCUUGGAUAUUAAGGGUGAAGAAUUAAAUGCUGGUCUCAAUGCAGUUUCCGUAAGAGUUAAUGCUACUAAAGUUAUCACUCCUGAAAAUGUCGCUCAGUUAUCUGAUUCAUUCGAAUCAAAUUUGGUCAAACCAACAAGAAAGAGUUUGUCAAAGAGCAAAGCUUGGAUCGCAGCUGUCGUAAUCAUUUUACUCGCUGUUAUAGCAGGUGUUGCCGUCGCAGGAUACUUCAUGUAUAAGAAGAAGAUUUGGAUCUUCGCCGAAAAGGAAGAAUCUGACGGCCACAAUGAAGUAACAUUGACUUUGGCUUGA